GGUGAUGCCGGGCGGCUCUGCCUCCCCGCUGCCGGGCGCGGAGCACACGGACGGACCCACACCGAGUGCCCAGGUAGGGCACAGGGACACGGACCCGCUCCCCCGCGGGCGGGCAGGGGACAGCCCCCGCCCCGGGAAGGGGACCGAUCCCCCGCAAGGUGCGACCCUUCCAGAGAAGCGACGGCGGACACCCCCAGCUCUUCCAGGGAGGAGGAAAAGCAGCAGCUCCUGGUCAGAGGCUGAAGUCACCGGUGUGCACAUCCCUAAGCUCUUCCCCUGCUGUGUGGACACCAGCCCCCUCGGAAGCGAUGGGUGAGCGGGGCUGCGGGGCGUGAGACCCGGCGACUCCUCACGCAGGUCGGGCCGUGGCAGCGCCGUGGCCAUGCUGCCGGGCACCGCGCAGAAGAGGAUCGCCUCGUCCGUCUUCAUCACGCUGGUGCCGCCGCGCAGGGAGGCGGCUGCCGAGGGCAGGACCCAAAGGCAGCGGCAGCCGGGUGCUGCUGAGGCGCCCGGCACCCGUCGCCCCCCGAGCCCGCCGCCGCCGCUCCCCGCCGUGCCCAGCGCAGAAAGCUGCCCAGCAGCCCCAGUGCCUUCGUCCCCACCAGUCCUCAUCCUCGCCGAUGCCCCCCAGCCCUUGUCUGCCGAGGCGCUGGGUCCGGCGCUGCAGCAACUGGACCUUGCAGCACCCGCCAGCCUCCAGGUCCCUUCUGCCCUCCCUGCCGAACUGAGGCCGCCUAAGCAUUGCCAGGAGCCAGCAGGCAAGCCGCAGCGGCAGGAAGCCAACGGGUACCCAGAGAGAGACAGCUCCAGAGAUAUCUGUGCCUUCUGCCACAAAGCUCUGGGAGCCCGGGAGCCGACGGUGGAGGCGCUGAGGAAGCAGUACCACGCAGCCUGCUUCACCUGCCGCACCUGCCAGCGGCUCCUGGCCGGGCAGCGCUACUACCAGAGGGACGGGCGGCCCGUGUGCGACGCCUGCUACCAGGCCACGCUGGAGAAAUGCGCCAAGUGCCGGGGGCUGAUCGCGGAGCGCAUCGUGCGUGCCCUGGGUAAGGGCUACCACCCCGGCUGCUUCUCCUGCACCGCCUGCGGCCGCGCCAUCGGCGCCGAGAGCUUCGCUGUGGAUGAGCGGGACGAGGUGUACUGUGUGGCUGACUUCUACAGGAAGUACGCAGCGGUGUGCAGUGCCUGUGAGCUGCCCAUCAUUCCCUGUGAGGACAGGGACACCUACAAGAUCGAGUGCCUGGGACGGACGUUCCACGAGAGCUGCUACUGCUGCGAGAGCUGCAGGACACCCCUGUCACCAGAGCCAACAGAGAAUGGGUGCUACCCCCUGGACAACCACCUCCUCUGCAAGUCCUGCCACGUCCGCUGGCGAAACGAGUCGUCCUGCUAAAACCCAACGGCUCCACCUCUGUCAUCCAGUGCCAGGCACCCAAACAGGGAUGCACUCACCAGGAUGCACCCCACAGCUGGUCCUGGGUGCCUGCUGCAACCCUGAAUAGCUGCAGAACCAGUGUUUCCAGCACCAAGAUGCACCCAGGAGCCCGACCCGCUGGGCUGGCAAGGCAGAGGAGCGCAGAGGUAACAUCCUGACACAGCUCUGAGCUCCUUGUGAACAUAAAAAGCCCUGGCACAGAGGCUGUGGUGGGGGAGCUGAGGUUUCUGUCACUCACUCCUGUAUUUUAAACUCCUUUUUUAAGGCUGGUUUGGUUUCUUUGGGUGUUUUUCCUUUCUUCUGGAGCUUCCUUGGGGUUUGAAACCUUUCUCUCUGCAGUGAUGCACUGAUUUAGUUACGUGCAGUUAAAUAAAACCACUGUU